AUGCAGUCGGUCUCCUCUCGUGAGACUCGGUACGCCCUAAAGGACAGGAGCGGUGUGGGUGGGAGCGUGUUCCGCGGUCCCGCGGAGCCGGCGCACGCCGCGCCCCGCCCCCUCGGCACGCAGGCUCUGCGCGAACUCGCGCACGCGCGCGCGCACUCUUCAGAGCCUCACUCUGGCCAGCGGGGAUCAACGGGCGGAGGCUGGGCUGCUGAAGUACGAGGGGCGGAGCCCGGGCCGCCGCCGCCGCCACCGCCGCCGCCGCCGCCGCCGCCGCUGCCGCCAGAGAGGAGCAUGUCUGCAACUCGAGCCAAGAAAGUGAAGAUGGCCACCAAAUCAUGCCCCGAGUGCGACCAACAGGUACCUGUUGCAUGUAAAUCUUGUCCCUGUGGUUAUGUAUUUAUUAAUAGGAAACCUCUAAAAAUAAAACACUCAGAGAAAUCAUCACCUUUUACAGAACAUACCAUGAACAAUACCAUGUCUUCGAAAGAUUUACGAAUACUUUUUUUAUAUGAAUUUAAACUAGGACAUAGUGCAGCCACGGCAAGUAGAAACAUCAAUUCUGUCUUUGGAGAAGGCUCUGUUAGUGAAAGGACUAUCCGAUGGUGGUUUGAAAAAUUUCGUUCUGGGGAUCUGAGUCUGAAAAAUGAGCCUCGAGGGAGACCCAAAUCUGUUUUAAAUGAAGAUCAGUUGAGAGCCAUGGUGGAAGCUAACCCCAGAACAGCAAUUCGAGGUCUUGCAGCAGACUUAGGAGUUUCUGCUACAACAAUUUCUCGACACCUGGCUGCAAUAGGAAAGGUGAAAAAAUUGGACAAGUGGGUUGUAUCCCCAUCAAGAGCACAAGGUCCAGUGCUUCCCUGGUGGCGCAGUGGUUGAGAAUCUGCCUGCCAAUGCAGGGGACACGGGUUCGAGCGCUGGUCUGGGAAGAUCCCACAUGCCGCGGAGCAGCUAAGCCCAUGAGCCACAAUUACUGAGCUUGCGCGUCUGGAGCCUGUGCUCCGCAACAAGAGAGUCCACGACAGUGAGAGGCCCGCGCACCGCGAUGAAGAGUGGCCCCCGCUCGCCACAACUAGAGAAAGCCCUCGCACAGAAGCGAAGACCCAACACAGCCAUAAAUAAAUAAAUAAAGAAGCUUUCAUUUAAAAAAAAAAAGCACAAGGUCCAGCACAUAGUAGGUACCUAGUAAGUAUUAAAUGAAUGAAUUAAGUGUCAGGGCCAGUAUCAUCCAUUUUGUAGAAAACCCUUGUUUUGGUAAUGGUGUAAGUAAGGAAUAUGUUUGACAGCAGAUAAUUGAAAACCUAAUGAACAGUGGUUUAAAAAGUAGGUCUUGUUUCCUAUAAUUUAUGAAAAUUUUCAGACAUACAAAAUACUUAAAUUUUACAGUGGACACCUGUAUGCCAACAGCCUAGAUUGUACCACUGACAUUUUACUAUACUGUAUUUGCUUUAUCACUUAUCUACCCAUGUAGCCAUAUUUUUUUUAUGCAUUUCAAUGUAAGUUGCAGGCAUUAGCACAUUUCCCCCUAAAUACUUCAGCAUACAUAUCAUUACUCAGAGUUCAAUAUUUGCUUAAGGUUCUUGUUGAGAUAAAAUUUAAAUUCAAUAAAACGCCUAAAUCUUAAGAGUACUUUUCAAUACAUUUUGACAAAUGCCAAUACUUGUGUAACACAAACCCCUAUUAAGAUACAGACUAUUACUAUCGGCCCAGGAAGUUCCCUAAUACCCCUUUUCAUUUUAUCCCCACCCUUAUCCUCCAAGAGGCAAACAUUGCUCUGAUUUUUUUCUACCAUGGAAUAGUUUUGCUUGUUCUAGAACUGCAUAUAAAUGGAACUACAGUAUGUGCUCUUUUGUGUAAGGCUUCUUUUACUGAGCAUAAUGUUUUUGAGAUUCAUCC